CUCAGUGGAUACCGCCCGAUAUAAGCCAAAUAUGUGCCGAAACAGAAGCGCCGUUGACUCAAUGCUCCCAAACAGGACUACUCUAUCUCACCCUUCUUGCUCAACUUUUCGGCCGCUCCAUUGACGACGACGCCCACCCUAGAAGCAACCCGUAUAUAAAUGCUCCCAGUUUUCAACCAAGUUUCAUACCGCCAAUGCAAGUCCCAUUAGGGCCGACACCUUUAAAAUUAAACCCGGAAAUGAAUGCACCUCCCUUAGGCCCUCUCUUGCAAAGUCCAGCAAUCAAUCAGUUUAAAUUAAUGAACGGCAAAAGUUACCUCAUGCAAACGUUCUAUUUAAAACCGGAUAAACAGGAGCCUAAAUUCGAAUUCGGGAGGAAAUUUGAACAUCCGUAUCCGAAGUUUGAUAAACCGUUUGAGUUUGGAUUUAAUGAAAAUAGAUAUUUUGAUCCGGCUACCGCUGAUUCUAAGAAAGUGCCUGUGGCUGUGGAGAGCAAAAGAACGAAACGCAGAAAGAAGAGACAGGCGCCAGAAGAAUAUGACUUCAUCAUAGUGGGUGCCGGCUCGGCGGGGUGUGUUCUCGCAAAUCGAUUGUCUGAAGUUAAAAAGUGGAAGAUACUCCUUCUGGAAGCGGGUCCCGAGGAACCGGAGGUAACUAGCGUGCCUGCGCUGGCACCUGCAUUGGCCUCAUGUAUUGACUGGGGCUUCCGAACGCAGCCAGAAGAGCUGACGUGUCUCGCUCAAAGGGGCCGGUCUUGCAGUUGGGUUAGUGGUAAAGUGAUGGGUGGCUCAAGCGCAAUUAACUAUUUGGUAUACAUGAGAGGCAACAGGAAAGACUACGAUGGUUGGGCCGCUUUAGGAAACACUGGUUGGAGCUACAAAGAAGUCCUACCGUUCUUCAAAAAAUCUGAAAGCAAUCAAGAUAUAGAAGGCAAAGACAAAACAUAUCACGGCGUAGACGGACCUUUAAAUGUUGAACGGUUUACUUUCGCGGACCCUAAUGUUGUAAUGCUUGUUAAGGCCUUUCACGAAACUGGACUUCCUUUAGUGGAUCUUAAUGGACAAGAACAAAUAGGAACUAUGAUAACCCAGACGACAUCUAAAGAUGGGGAAAGAGUAUCAACAAAUAAAGCUUUUAUAAGGCCAGUAAGAAAGGACAGACCGAACCUUACAAUUCGAACAAAUGCUCAAGUUACUCGAGUUCUCAUAGAACCUGCAAGAAAAAUUGCCUACGGGGUAAAAUAUAUUGAGGAUAAUACAUUGAAAACAGCUUAUGCCUCAAAAGAAGUUAUAUUGAGUGCAGGUGCAUUAAAUUCUCCUAAAAUUUUAAUGCUUUCGGGUAUUGGACCCCUUGAAGAAUUAAAGUUUCUGAAAAUACCUAUUGUCAACAACUUAAAAGUAGGAUAUAACUUACAGGACCACGUAACUACUAAUGCUAUGCUGAUGGAGCUCACGAGUGCAACCUCAACUCUGGUGAAUGGCACAAAACUGAUAAAUGAAAUAAAUAAAUAUAAAACUUCAUAUCACAAGAAUGGACCUUUGGCAGCUACUGGACCACUACAUAUAACAGCUUUCAUUCCUAAAUAUCAAACAGAAGAUAAAACAGUACCUGAUAUACAGUUUCACUUUGAUGGUAGAAAUAAAGAAGAAUUUUAUUCAGACCCAACUGUUUACCUAGAGACAAAUACCUUACCCUUCGCUUUUUACAAUAGUAUCAAUGUUAGGCCAAUACUUCUUUCACCUAAAAGUAGAGGUUACCUAACAUUAAACAAAACAGAUCCCGUACACGGUCAACCGUUAAUAUAUCCAAGAUUCUUUACUGAAAAAGAAGAUUUAGAUACAUUAGUAGCAGCACUAAAGUUUGCCGUACAAUUAGAGAGGACUGCACCAUUCAUACAAUCUGGCACUAAGUUCAUACGAAAACCUGUGUUAGCGUGUAAUGAGUUCUAUUGGGGGACUGAUGAUUAUUUUGCCUGCUUAUUUACGAGGUAUACUGGAACUAUUUACCACCCUUCGGGGACAUGCAAAAUGGGCCCGAAAAACGAUGAAACUGCAGUAGUUGAUCCGAGGCUUAGAGUGUAUGGAGUAAGACACUUAAGAGUAGCUGACGCAUCAAUAAUGCCAAAUAUAGUUCGUGGAAAUACAAACGCUCCUGUUAUUAUGAGGGAGAAAGCAGCGGAAAUGAUUAAAGAAGAAUGGAGAGAUCACUCUUAG